AUGCAUCUCCGGUCAGUGACAGACCUGCGCGGCCAUUGCUGUAUCCUCUUCGGCUGUGGUCACCACCUCUCCCACGACGACAUUGGCCCCUGCGUCCACAACAACAGCGGCAGCGGCCACUUCCACGUCCACGUCGACUUCCACGACCGCUUCCGUGUCAUCGGCCAAUUCACCGCCAUCAACGAUGCCAUAUACUAUGCGCAGUCGGCGGGCAUCCCCACCGUAACGGUCAAGGCCGGCACCUACACCCAAGCCGUGACCGUGUCGGCCACAGCCACCGUCACCGUCGUCGGCGACUACGGCGCUGCCACCAUCCGUGGCUCCAAAAAUGCCUUCUACGGCUGCCAGUUUGUAUCCGCGGGCAGCCUGGGCAUCACUGCCAACCUGGGGCUCGCGGUGAUUGCGGACAGUUACAUCGAAGCUCUGGACAAGGUCAUCUAUGGCUAUCCCGACAUCUACCUGUACAACACCACCAUCAUCCCCGUCGACUCGAGCGCGUUGCUGGUGUACAACAAAGGUGCCACCUACAACUCCGUCCUGUACAACUCCACCGUGGUUUUCGACUCCUGCUCCGUUGCGCAGAAGUCGGGCGCCACCAACAAGAACGUCUACCUGGCAGCCGCCAACAAUGGCUACGGGUCCGUGGUGGUCUAUCGUAAUACCGCUCUCGGUGGCCUCAUUGCGGCGUCGGGCGUCUACAUGGACUCGUGGACAUCGAACACUUUGAACUUCUAUGGAGAAUACGGCACCACAGGGGCCGGAUCGUACGCCAGCAACGAAGCCACGCGCUCCAAGUAUGUCUCUCUGCUGACAGCUCCGGAUCUGGCCCGGUUCUCCAUCGCCGAAGUCUUUGCCACUGUCUAUCCCCAGUUUGCCACCAGCAGCACGGACUGGGUGGAUGCCGAUGUCCUGGCAGCCAUCAAGAGCGCCGAUGUCAUUCAGCAGACGACAUCCAGUGCCAGUGUCGUAUCUACUACCAGCACCAGCGCGAGCUCUACUUCCAGCUCUAGCCACAUGUCGACUUUGGCGACUGGGACAGCCUCCACGGCCGUCGUCUCGACCGCCGGCGCUUCAAAGUCUGUCACAACGUCUACCGCGUUGAUCAAGACGGCGACUACGUCCAAGGUCACUGUCGCUUCACCCGCGAUCACUACCGGCUCAUCCACGGUUGCGGUUACGACAUCGUCUUCGACUGGAUGCUCUUUACCCUCCUCGAUGCCCACCAGUGCUUUGGUGGUUGGUCCCUCUGGUAGUUGUGCCAAAUAUACCAGCAUCGCCUCGGCCGUCGCGGCUCUGCCAUCCGACAGCACGACCCAAUACAUCUACAUCCUGUCCGGUACCUAUGACGAGGCCAUUACGAUCAGCCGAGAGGGAGACACCAUAUUUCGCGGAGAAACCACGAAUGAGCUGGACCAGACGAGCAACACUGUGACUAUCAUCCACAGCGCCGCGGUGCUGUCCAGCAACGGUGGCUCAUCCUCGACCGCCGCCUUCCAAGCGACGCAAUACUAUGCCAAGGGACUGUCGUUUUACAACAUCAACUUCGAGAACGACUACACACCCGCCACGAACUACAUUGCAGUGGCCAUUGCCGCCAAGGCCCAGGUCCUGGGAUUCUAUGGCUGCGGCAUCAAGUCGUCCCAGGGCAGUCUCCUUGUCAACUACGGCGCCUUCUACUUCUCUGACUGCCGCAUCGAGGGAACAACCGACUUCAUCUGGGGCUACGGCGGCAUUUACGUCUAUAACUCCCGCAUCAUCUCUGAUGGAACCACGACAGGCCAGACGAUUGCCGCUCAGUCCUAUCAGAGCGAGUACGGCCCGUCACAGUUCGUCUUUGACACCUGUGCCUUUGUUCCCAGCGACAGCUCGGUCCCGGAGAGCAGCACCUACCUGGGACGAGACUACUCCACCUCCGCCAGAGUCGCGGUCCUGAACUCCUAUCUGGAUGCGCACAUCGCGCCUGUGGGUUGGCUGGUGUCGGCAUCCUCUACCAACGUGACGUUUGCCGAGUACAACAACACCGGUCCUGGCUCGUCGACGACCUCCCGAAGCAGUCAUGUUGACUUGUUGACGACUGACAGCGCAUACUCUGUCGCCGAUGUCCUGGGCAGUACCAGCUGGGUUGACACGUCUGCUAUUGCACCAUUCUCCGGCUUCCCUGACUCCGUAUAUGGUAGCUCGGCUUCCUCCUCGACUUCCACUACUGGUUCGUCCGCUGCUGUUGCUUCUUCUUCUGCCAACAUGAAGGUGACAGCGACCUCUUCAACCGCUGUCUCAGCCACCAGUGCUGCGGCGACUAGCACCAGUACGUUUGUUGUCUCCCAGAAUGCCACUGCCGGACAAUAUCGUAAUGUCACCGCGGCCAUUGCCGCCUUGCCCAGUGAUGGCAAAGACUACACGAUCUACAUCUUGGCCGGUACCUACACGGAACAGAUUUCGAUCACCAGAUCCGGAAAGGUCACUCUUCGCGGCGAGACAUCCUUCGAGAAUGAUUACACCCAGAACCUCGUGACCAUCGAGUAUGCUGAUGGAGAGUUGACGAGCGCUGGAAAGGACGAGAGCACCCCGGUUCUCUAUGUGAAGAAGACGGAUGGCACUGGCCUCGCCCUGUAUAACAUCAACUUCCACAACACCUUUGCCAAGACCAGCAACACCGCGGCAUUGGCGGCCGACUUCUAUGGCACUGAGAUGGCGGCCUACGGCUGCUCGUUUAUUGGAUAUCAGGAUACCCUUUUGGCCAACAAGGGAACUCAGGUCUUCUCGAACUGCUACAUCGAGGGAUCGAUCGAUUACAUCUGGGGAUACUCGACGGCCUUCUUCCAUCAGUGCUACAUCGCCACCAACAGCCCGGGAGCCUGUAUCUCAGCACAGAGUCGUUCAUCCUCGACUGCGUCCGGUGGCUACGUCUUCGACACUUGCUACGUCACGUACACUAGCAACUAUGGGUCUACAUACGGGGAAACCUAUCUGGGACGGCCCUACUCGGAGUACAGCAUCGCCGUUUACAUGAACUCCUACCUGGAUAAGCACAUCAGCAGUGCCGGUUGGGAGGAGUGGUCCACCAGCGAGCCCAACACCGAGUAUGUCACGUUUGGCGAGUACAAUAACUCUGGCCCUGGAGCCUGGUCGUCCAGUCGUGUCUCCUUCGCCACCAACCUGACCGCCACGGAGGCCGCCUCCUACACCUUGUCGGAGUGGAUUGGCGAUACUUCCUGGCUGGACAUGACGGCGUACAACUACGUCCCCUCAUAUAGCUUGACCGGAUCGUCUACUGCCACCACGACUACCACGACCAGCACGUCGAAUUCGACUACCACGGCCACCUGGGCCCACCCGACCAGCGGCACGGUACCCCCCACAGGGGCCGUUCUCGUUUCAGUCGGAGGUUCGGUCAACGGUUCAUACAGUAACCUGACCGAUGCUCUGGCUUCGCUGCCGGAUGAUUCAUCCACUCAGAUUAUCUUCAUGUACGCCGGCUCGUACGACGAGCAGGUGCCCUCCAUCGACCGCGAUGGGCCUGUCAUGAUCAUUGGUUAUCAGACGGGCAGCCCCGGUGCAGGCUACGCAGACAAUCAGGUCACUGUGACCUUCUCGCGCGGGCUGUCUGUGAGCCCUCUGCCGACCGGUCAUUCCGACGCUGAAACCGCCACAUUCUCAACAGCCAGCAACCAGAUCGCUCUAUACAACAUUAACAUCAUCAACUCGGAUAACCUGGAUGGCUCUGAGUCGUCGUACGUGACGCUGGCGGGCUCAAUUUACGGCUCUGAGAUCGGCUUUUACGGCUGCAGCUUCACGGGCUGGCAAGACACCCUGCUGACGGGAAGCACGUCGGGUUAUCAGUACUACGAAUCGUCUUACAUCGAAGGUGCCAUUGACUUUAUUUGGGGAUACUCCAAGGCCUACUUCAAGGGCUGCACCAUCGGCGCCAAACGGCAAAAGUCGGCCAUCACUGCCCAGAGCCGUGCCUCGGCCAGUGCAGUGGGUGGCUAUAUCUUUGAUCAAUGCCUGUUUGAAGCCGCCGCGGAUGCGACGGUUGACCUGACUGAGUAUGUCUACCUGGGAAGACCCUACUCGGAGUACGCGCUGGUGGUGGUCAAGAAUUCCUACUUGACGGACAUCAUCAAUCCUUCGGGCUGGAAGGUCUGGAGCACGAGCGAUCCACGCACAGACUAUGUCACAUUUGCCGAGUAUAACAACUCUGGCGCUGGCAACUGGGAAAACAAUGCUGCGUCCCGUGAGGCCUUUGGGAGCUGUACUUUGUUGACUUCGGACACCUACACUUUGGAUCAAGUCAUGGCGUCAACUGCUUGGAUUGAUCUCACGUACUGGGACUCCAUUGUCACCCCGGAGCCCUCUUCGACGACGACCGCGUCCAAUACCACGACCGGAUCCAACUCGACCACCGUCUACGAUGGAAGCACUCCUCCCGCAGGAGCCUACAUCGUCUCUAAGACGGCAAUCGCCAACACCACCACCUAUGACACCAUUCAAAGCGCGCUGGAUGCCCUGCCGACCUCGAGCAAAGUGACGCCCACCGUCUUUAUCUACCCGGGCACGUACGAGGAGCAGCUCGUGGUUGACCGAUCCGGAACGACGAUCUUCAUGGGCUACUCCAACAACACCGCUGACUACGGCAGCAACCAGGUGACGAUUCAAUACAACGAUGGCGUCAGCACGCAGGCCAACGAGUCGAACUCGGAUAGUGCGACGGUCUACGCGACAGGUAACUAUUUCCAGGCGAUCAACAUCAACUUCGUCAACAACUAUGGCACGACCAAGGACUACGCCUCGCUCGGGUUUGCUGUCAAGUCUAGCAAGUACGCCUCGCUGUACGGCUGCCAGGUGACAGGUAAUCAGGAUGCACUCUUGAUCAACGGGUAUUUCUUCGCCAGCAGCAGCUACAUCGAGGGCAACGUUGACAUGAUCUGGGGCUCGGGAGCCGGAUACUUCCUCAACUCGACUAUCUCGCCGAAUGAAGACGACAUCAACCUGACUGCUGACAAGCGAUCCACCGACACCACUGCCGGAGGAUUUGUGUUUGACCAGUGCACUGUUACCCCCGCUGCAGGGGCCGGCAGCAUGUCUAAAAUCUCCCUGGGACGGCCAUGGAACGAAUAUGCCCGCGUGGCCUACAUCGAGUCCUACCUGGAUUCCUGUGUCGAGGCCGCCGGUUGGCAGGAGUGGUCUACGAGUAAUCCGCAGACGAGUGGCGUGCUGUUCGGCGAAUAUCAAAACUCCGGUCCUGGUUCAUCGACCACCGAUCGGGCUUCUUUGUCGACGGUAUUGGACGGCAGCACCGUGGCCCAGUUUGAGCUGAGCACCUUCUUUGCCUCGACCUCGUGGAUCAACUUCACCCACAUGGAGGGCACACCCUUCGUCCCAGACAGCUCGGUAACUACCACAGCCACGGCCACCAGCGCCCUCACAUCCGCUCUGGCGACUGCCACAGGUACUACGGUCACCGACAUCCUCACGGUCACUGAUAAGGAGACUGUCUACACGACCUAUACCCCAGCCGACCGAACCUCGACGGUUUUAGUCACCGUCACCCAGGAUGUUGGCACCACAGUGACACUGGCUGAGUCGCUCAAGACGACUGUGGAAAAAUCGACCGUGUCCACGACGACGACGAUUACCGAGCCGACAGUCACCACUGUGAAGACCUCAGUGGUUACUCUCGACGACAUUGUGACUAUCACGCCUGCGCCGGCUACGAAGGCCACCACGGUAAAGGAUACCACCACGGUGACUGCCACCACCACGAAGGCCGAUGUGACGACCACCGUGAAGAGCACCGUCACCGCCACCAGCACCGUGACUUCCACUCCCAAAGCCUCGACCAUCACCACCACGGUGGCCAGCACAACCACGAGCUUCAAAACAUCGACUCCUGGCACCGUCAAGGUCACCUCGUAUACGACUGUCACGACAGGCAGCGGGGGUACUACCACUGUUAGCACCAAGGCUACCACCACGACGGUCGAUGUGACUUCCACCAAGACCACCACCAAGACGGUCACCACAACCCUCAGCUGCAUUCCUGCUGCCAAAAAGAAGCGCGAUCUGAUCCGUCCGCGGGCUGCGACCGUGACCGAGUAUACCACGUUGACCACCGUGGUCGAGACCUUGAGGGUCGUCGCCUCGCCCACAGUCUAUGUCACCUCCACGGAGACUAAGACCGCGGGCAAGACGACGACCCUCAAGGCCUCGACGAGCACCAUUACGAGCGUCUCCGUCACCACAAAAGCGGCCACCGAGACCAUCCCUGCCGUCGCCGUCUAUGUCACCUCCACGGAGACUAAGAUCGUGGACAAGACCACCACCCUCAAGGCCAGCACCGUCACCGACACCAUCACCUCGAUGGUCACCAAGACGGCCACUGUGACUGCGGUGGGCGAGACCAGCACCGUGACCAGCCUCAAGACCGCGACGGUGAAGACCACCGUCUCGUUGCCGAAGAGCACGAUCACGGUGACGAAGAACACGGUGACUACGGUGAAGGAAACCAUUACCCUGGCGACCCCCACUAGCACCGUACUCCAGACUGAAACGGUCACCCUGAAGCCCUCGGUGACGAUCACGUCGCGAGCCACCAGCACCAAGACCUCGACCGUCGACCUGACCGCCACCGAGACUAGCACGGCGACCAAGACGUCCAAGAGCGCCAAGGCGUGCGCCACAUAAGCACGGUGGGAAAAGGGUGGAUCAAGGUGAU